ACGCGCAUAAUAAACCAGUCAGUGAGCGAAAUCAGCAGUCAUCAAUGGAUGAAAUCCCUACCAUUUACUCUGCUUCUUCCAGUGAUUCCUCCCUUUGGACCCUAGCAAAUCCAUGCACAUGUGGUGGUCACCCUUGUGCAGCCAUGGAUGGAAAACCCUCCUACCAUAAAGAAAGCGUAUCAAGCCACCCUACAUAUAUUGUCACAUUCCGCCUCCCACCUCGUCACACUUCCCGCGACUCCGCGCUCACAAGAACCGGCCAUUUCUUGGCAGCUUCUUCUUCUUCUUCCUCCUCGCGCUCGCUCACCUCUCCAUUGUUGUCGAUUGUGUUGUACUGGUAGGAGGAUGAGGGGCCGGGCGGCGGUGUUCGCGGCGGUGCUGGUCGUGUUCCUGGUGGCGUGCACCGCCGCGGCGGCGGCGGCGGCGAUUACCAUAUCGAGGAAGCACCAGCACAGGCCGGCGUCCGGGGCGGCGGCGAAGGCGGCGUGCGACGUGUUCGCGGCGGGGAGCUGGGUGGUGGACGAGUCGUACCCGCUCUACGACUCGGCGACCUGCCCCUUCAUCCGCGCCGAGUUCGACUGCCGCCGGUACGGCCGCCCCGACAAGGAGUACCUCAAGUACCGGUGGCAGCCCAGCCCGCCGUGCUCCACGCCCAGGUUCGACGGGGUGGCGUUGCUGAGGAUGUGGAGCGGGAAGAAGGUGAUGUUCGUGGGGGACUCGCUGGCGCUGAACCAGUACGAGUCGCUGCUGUGCAUGCUGCACGCCGCCGCGCCCAACGCCCGGACCACCGUCACGCCGGCGUCGGGGAAGGUCGAUCCCCUCACCACCGCCCGCUUCGAGGAGUUCAACGUGACGAUCGUGUACUACCUGACGCACUACCUGGUGGACAUUGUCAACGAGAAGGCCGGGCGAGUACUCAAGCUGGACGCCAUCGACCAGGCACGCAACUGGCUCAGCGCCGACGUGCUCGUCUUCGAUUCCUGGCACUGGUGGCCGCGCUCCGGCCCGACCCAACCAUGGGACUACAUCCAGGAGGGCAACACGGUGGUGAAGGACAUGGACAGGACGGAGGCGUUCAGCAAGGCGCUCAACACCUGGGCUAGAUGGGUCGACGCCAACCUCCUCCAGACCAACACCAGAGUCUUCUUCCAGGGCAUCUCCCCCUCUCACUACAGGGGCCAAGAUUGGGGCGACACGGCGAGUGCGACGUGCAUGGGGCAGACGCGGCCGGUGAACGGCACGGCGUACCCCGGGGGGCCGAUCCCGCAGCAGGCGGUGCUGAGGAGCGCCCUCGCCGGCAUGGCGAAGCCGGUGUACCUGCUGGACUUCACCUACCUGUCGCAGCUGAGGAAGGACGCGCACCCGACCAAGUACAACGGCGGCAUCUUCGGCGACGACUGCACCCACUGGUGCGUCGCCGGCCUCCCGGAUACCUGGAACGUCCUCUUCUACGCCGCGCUCACCGGCCAGCACUGAUGGCCGGCUGCUGACCUGCUGUCAUCACGGCCGGUGAUAUGAUUGAGAUAGGAUAUAGUGGAAAUAAUUAAUCAACAGGAAAAAAGAAUUAUAGAUACAGAUUGAUUUUAUAUAGGUCUAUAUGGAAAGAAUUUUUCUCGAAAAAAAAGAAACAGAAGAUUAUUGUUACCAAAGUGACAGAAGAAAUGCCUGAUUCUCUCUCAGAAAUGGGGGUGAAUUAAAGAUGCUGUAAUUGGUUGGCAAAGAAGGAUAAGAAAGAAUUAAUUGUUCUCAUGUGGUUAUAAAGAUAAACAGAUUGUUUUGGCAG